AUGCGUUUUCUAUGUCUGCACGGUAUCGGCACUGGAAAUGCCAUUAUGGAAGCGCAGCUAUACAUGAUCAAGCGUCAGCUGCCGGGACAUGAGUUCGUUUAUUUUCAGGGAGAGCUGGAAACCCCACCAGCGCCAGGAGUCGAGAUGUUCUUUCCGGGGCCUUACUACUCCUACUUCACCGUACCCUCUCCUAAUGCCGUGCUUGAAGUGAUCAACCGUUUGGAGCAGUUCAUUGACCUGCACGGCCCCUUUGAUGGGAUCCUGGGAUUUUCCCAAGGGGCCGCCUUGGCAGCUUCCUACCUUCUCCACGACGCCGACCGGUCAUGCCCGCGCGCCGAGUUCAGAUGUGCGGUGUUCUUCUGCGCAAUCCAAUGUUGGGAUGUCGACAGUCCCGGGUUUACCAUGGACAAGGAGGGGCACUGUCGUGCAAUUGGAGCGGAGGAAAAUUCUUCAGAGCUCCAAUGGAAGACGGACGAGGUUACGAGUGUCUUCAGCGCUGCUAACCAUCCCCUGCUUCGUCAGGAUUGGGAUGAAGCCACACCGCUACUGUGGCCAUACGGGAAGGCUCCCAUGCGUUCGGAUGCAUUGGCCCGCAUUUCGAUCCCGUCACUGCAUAUUGUCGGAGCCAAAGACCCUUAUCGGGCCGAAUCGCUUGCACUGCAAACACAUUGCACCAGGUGUAAUGCCCAGAUGGUGGAGACAGCGGCCGGACAUGAGAUCCCUCGUGAUCCGAUUCUGUCUUUCAUGAUGAACGAACCCAUCGCCAUUAUAGGCAGUGGAUGUCGACUGGCGGGUGGGUGUGAUACUCCCUCAACGCUUUGGACGCUUCUCCAACAGCCCUACGACGUCUCCCAAGAAAUCCCCCAAGAUCGAAUUCCCCCGUCACACCACAAUGCCUCCCCUCGGGGGUAUUUUCUUUCACAAGAUGUCGCCAAGUUUGACGCUUCCUUUUUCAACCUGAAUCCCUUGGAGGCGCAAGCCAUAGAUCCCCAGCACCGACUGUUAUUGGAGACUGUCUACGAAGCGCUAGAGGAGGCAGGAAUGCCUAUGGAGAGAUUGCGUGGCUCUGACACUGCCGUAUAUACGGGAGUGAUGUUCCAUGACUAUUUGGCCCUCAGUAGCCGGGACCAGGAAUCAAUCUCCAAGUAUCACAUUACAGGGACUGCGCCGAACAAGGCCUCAAAUCGAAUAUCCCAUUUCUUCGACUGGCAUGGCCCGUCCGUGACGGUAGAUACCGCCUGCUCCUCCAGCCUGGUCGCCCUCCAUCAAGCGGUGCAGCAGCUGCGGACAGGAGGAUCUCACUUGGCUGUAGCGGCGGGGGCCAACUUGCUUCUGGACGGUCGCCCCUUCAUUGGGUUCAGCAAUUUAGGCAUGCUCUCUCCCACCGGCAGCUGCAAAAUGUGGGAUACCAGCGCUGAUGGGUACGCCCGUGGGGAGGGGAUCCUGGCCGUGCUGUUGAAGCCACUUUCCCUCGCCCUUGCCGACGGCGACAACAUCCAAUGUGUGAUCCGAGAGACUGGGGUGAAUCACGACGGACGAACCACUGGGAUUACCCUGCCCAGCGCAUCAGCUCAGGUGAGCCUCAUUCAGGACGUUUACCGUCGCGCGGGACUGGAUCCCACCCAGCCCGGUGACCGACCUCAGUACAUUGAGGCCCAUGGCACCGGCACUCAAGCCGGAGAUCCGUUGGAGGCAGAAGCACUGGCCACAGCAUUUGCGCUCGCAUCUACUCUUGACCACAGUGAGGUCUGUCCAGUGCGGGUAGGCAGUAUCAAGACGGUGGUCGGUCAUACCGAGGGCGCUGCGGGCCUGGCUGGUGUCCUGAAAGCGUCUCUGGCCUUACAGCAUGGGAGAAUCCCACCAAAUCUAGGCUUUCAACAGCUGAACCCGAAGGUCGCCCCAUAUUGUACUCAUUUGACAGUCGCGACCAAGGCGGAGCCAUGGCCCGAGCCGCCAUCACCCUCCGCUACCCUACGUCGAGCCAGCGUGAAUAGCUUUGGGUUCGGAGGCACCAACGCCCAUGUCAUCUUGGAGUCGGUGGGGCUGCAGGAUAUCCCAGUUUCUGGAAAUUCCUCGCAGUUACCAAGCCUGGCCUCACCCUCCCUCCUCCCGUAUGUCUUUUCGGCUGCUUCGGAAAGGUCGCUAGUGGCGAUGCUCAAGCGAUAUGACCACCACCUGCAAGGCCACCCGUCUAUCGACCCAAGGCAGUUAGCGUCAACACUUGCCAGCCAACGAUCCGUCCUCCCGGUCCGCAUUCGCUUUCCAGCGUCAUCAUUGGAGGUAUUACGAGAAGGUCUCGCCAGGAUUCUCGCCUCCGAGUCCCCGCAAGCGGGCCACCGCUCCCCUUUACGAGAAUCGUGUAUCCUCGGCAUAUUCACGGGUCAAGGCGCCCAGUGGCCACAAAUGGGUGCGGGCUUGCUCGCCGCGUAUCCGCCGCUGACCACAUUUCUCGAUAGCUUGAAUGCUGCAUUGCAGUCUUUGCCCGAGGAGGACCGACCUGCGUGGUCCCUGCGCGAGGAACUGCAGCGACCGUCCGAGGAAUCGCGGCUGGACGUCCCCGAGAUUUGCCAGCCCGCCUGCACUGCGGUCCAAUUGAUGCUCGCUCACCUGUUACAAGCCGUUGGCGGGGUCUCUUUCACUGCGGUGGUGGGCCAUUCCUCUGGUGAGAUUGCCGCGGCCGUAGUCGCAGGGUAUCUGCGCCCCGGGGACGCGAUACGCAUCGCUUAUUACCGCGGCUUGCACGUUAGUCGCGUGCUUCCCACGCUGCCCAAGGAGGGCCGCAUGCUGGCAGCGGGUCUGUCCCAGGCAGCGGCGGAAGAGCUGGUUGACACCGUUGUGUUUGAGGGACGACUGUCGGUGGCGGCAGUGAAUUCCCCGUCCAGCGUGACCUUGUCAGGCGACGCGGACGCAGUGGCAGAGGCCAAAGCCUACCUGGACAGUUGUAAGGUCUUCAACCGCCUGCUGAAAGUUGGAACCGCGUAUCACUCUCAUCAUAUGCGGGCAUGUGCCGCCGAGUAUCACAACUCGCUGAUCCAGUGCCAAGUGGAGGUCUUGCGUCCCUCAGGCGACAACGUUCCGCGCUGGUACUCAAGCGUACGAUCGGGGCAGGCCAUGAUCUAUGACAAUGAUAAUGGUAAUCACAAUGGUGAAGGAACUGGCGAGCUAGCUGCGUCCUAUUGGGUGGACAACUUGGUAAAUCCUGUACUCUUUCAGCAUGCGGUUUCAAGCGCCAUCACACACCCGGAGAUGGAGGUGAACUUCUGUCUCGAGCUCGGUCCACAUCCGGCGCUUCAGGGGCCCGCCACGCAGACGAUGGUAGAAAGCUGUAGCUCGGCGCUCCCUUACUCGGGAACCCUUCACCGCAACAAGCAUGACGAGGUCGCGAUUUCGGAAUGUCUAGGCGACUUAUGGGUGCAUCUGGGCAGUGUGGGAGUCCCCAAUCUCAAGGCCUUCGGGCAGACACCACACAGGCCGAGUGUAACGGACCUGCCAAGGUAUCCUUGGGACCAUGAGCAUAGCUUCUGGGUCCCAGAGCCGUCACAUCGCUCUACCAGACGGCUUGUUACGCAUCAUACGAUAUGCAAAAGUCCUGUCCACAGCUUGCUAGGGUCACGAGACGAGCUGAUUGGGGCAGUUGACAGGGCUACCGCGUACCACUGGUCAAAUGAGUUGCGUGCUGACCGGCUGGGCUGGCUCCGUGGACAUAUUCUUCAAGGCCAGAUUAUCUUUCCAGCUACAGGGUAUCUUGCAUUGGCCGUCGAGGCCGCCCUGCAGAUGGCCAAAGGGCGACCAGUACAAGCGAUUACUCUCGAGGAAGUCAACUUUCUCAAGGCCCUCCGGGUGGACGAUGAGACUGGAGCCAGCAUCAUCGUCAGUCUGCAUGUAUCUUGGGAUGAUGAGCAGGUGGUGCAGGCAAGGUUCACAGUCGAUGUAUACUCGACAGAGGAAACGAGCCGAUCCACCGCUGCGGCCACAAUGAACAUCACGGUCCAGCUGGGCAACCCGGACGAGGAUCUUCUGCCCGAACUAGCCUCUUCUCCCUCACCGGUGAUGAUGACGGAGCUGGAUCCCGGAUAUGUAUACAGCCAUUUGGCUGAGCUGGGCUACGAAUACACGGGUCCCUUUCAGCGGAUUUCCCGCCUCCGUCGAUCACUGGGGCAGGCGCUGGCAGAGGUGGACUGGAGAAAAGAGGGGGCCGACGACCCAGUGCUCCAUCCGGCGUUGCUCGACAAUGCGGUGCAGGUUCUGUUCUCAGCCUUCACAGAUCACCGAGAUGGGAGCCUGUGGAACCUGUACAUGCCCGUCUCGAUCGAGCGGGUGACGUUCAACCUCCCCUACUGUAGCUUUGGGGGAUGUGAUUCCAAAUUUACGGUAGAAAGCUACCUACACCAGGCCGACCCGCUCGGUAUCUGUGGCGAUGUCUCCAUGUUCAAUGCCGCUGGAAAAGGCGUCGUCCAGAUGGAAAGGCUGAACACCAUGCCAGCCUCCCCAGCCACGGCCGACAAUGAUCUCCAGCUAUUCUCUGAGACUCGAUGGGAGGUGGCCGAGCCGAACGGCGAGCGGGCACUCGGCAGUCGGCGAGCAUCGCCGGCGAUGCUGGCCAAAACCCUCGACUGGGAACGUGUGGCCCUGUACUAUCUUCGUCAAAUCAGCGGGCAGUUCCUCGACGUGGAGACAGGGAUGCGAAAGACAGCGGACGAUAUUGAACCGCAUCACGGAGCCUUCCUGGACUACUGCACCUGGCUGCAAGAGACCAUCCGCACGGGCCAACACCCCUACGCUUUGCCGCAGUGGCUGCAGGACACGGCGGAGCAAAUCGAUCAGAUCCAAACCCGAUACUCGACCGAGGAUAUCGAUUUUCGACUGAUUCGGAUGGCUUGGGAGGUCCUCCCGGCCGUCAUCCGACAUGAUACGACGAUGCUACAGAGCUUCAUGGCGGAUGACACCUUGAGCGAGUGGUAUCAAAACAGCCUAGUAUGCGCACCCGCCCAGGAGCCGCUGGGCGCUAUCAUCGCCCAACUUGCCCAUCGCUACCGCCGGCUUCAGGUCCUGGAGAUUGGGGCUGGGACAGGCUGCGCUACGCGCUCGGUCUUGCCCGCUCUCGGCGACGCUCUCGCGCGCUACAUGUUCACCGACGUGUCGGCGGGAUUCUUCGACAAGGCGGCGCAGCAGUUUGCCCCCUUCGCCGACCGGAUGGAGUUCCAGACGUUCGAUCUCGACGUAGAUCCCAUAGAGCAGGGCUUCGAGGAAGGGAGCUAUGAUGUGGUCGUCGCCUAUGCGGUGCUGCAUGUGGCGUCCUCGCUGAGGGAUGCCCUGCGCCGGGUCCGGCGGCUGUUGAAGCCAGGUGGAUUCCUGGUUUUGACUGAGGUGCUGGGAGAUGGGCCUAUGGCAUUGGGGCUGAUCUUCGGAGGCUUCACAGGCUGGUGGGCUGGCCGGGAGGAAGGCCGUCGCUACUCACCGACUGUCUCACUGGAAACUUGGCAGGAGCUGCUGGCGGCCACGGGGUUCUCUGGCGUCGAUACGCACACUCCGCUGAAGGAUCCCAUUGCUUGGCCUAUCAGUGUCAUGGUGGCACAAGCCGUGGAAAACAAAGUUUGCUUAUUACCAGAGCCAGUCGUGGAGGAGUUGGUCAUCGUCGCCGCGCCCAGCUUCCCCGAACCUGAAGUUCUACAGGGAGUUCAGGCGCAGUUGAGAGCUCAUACCCGCCACCUUACGCUCUUCAAAUCCUUAGAGGAGCUUAAUGGUGCUCCUUUCCCUACCAAACCGACUGUGCUCAACCUGGCUCACCUGGACCCGGAGAGUGUGAAGCCAUCGGAAGGGGCCUGGCAAGGGCUGCAGGCUCUUAUAAACUCUGCCCGGCAUAUGCUGUGGAUCACUGAUGACUACCGCGCUGGUAAUGCUUCAUCCGCUCUCUCAGUUGGUUUGGCGCGGUCUCUGCUUCAUGAAAUGCCUCAUCUGCGCCUGCAGAUGCUCGAUAUCAGCCGCAAAACAGACAAAGAUACGGCCGUCAAAGUCAUCUUUGAGAGCUUCCUACGCCUGGUCAGCACGAGUGACCCGGACACACUCUCCACCUUCGAGCCGGAGCUGGCACUGGAUUCGACAGGCCAGCUACUGGUGCCGCGACUGCACCCCUUAAAGCCGGCGAACCACCGGCUCAACAGCUCAAGGAGGAAGAUCUCGGCCCCCGUCCGUGUGGGAACACAAGCAUGCUUGUUGGAAUGGCAAAUGGAUACGUUCACUUUGGUCAAGAAGAGUUCCCUCCAUUCGGAUGACGAGGUUGAAUCUCGCUCCGUACGCACGAUACGUUCAGCAUUGACAGCCCUGCCGACUCGUGUUGGGCCCGUAUUCCUGCACCAGGGCAUGGACUCUGUCACCGGCGAGGCCGUGGUGGUCGCCUCGAAUGAGAUCUCGUCAGUCUUGACCGCGCCGAAACUAUCAUCGAUCAUCGUGAGCCCUGAGACGAGCCAUAACUCACAAUACUUCAAUCUGCUAGUCGCCCAUCUUGUCAUCGCGUCUGUUGUGGAGGACAUUGCGCCUGGUACCAGCGUUCUGCUCUAUGCCAUUGACCGUGCUUCGGCCACGUAUCAAGCCGUCUGGACCUGUCAGCUCCAAGCGAAGAAAUGCCAGGUGCACUACCUGACAGGCAGCAAAGAACUGGCCAGUACCGCAUCGUGGACGUACUGCAAUCCGCGGGCUCCCAGGCGAGUUCUGAACGCCGCUCUUCCCAAAAACCUUCAGGCCGUUAUUGAUCUCGCGGAUAACAAAGCCGCAGCCCGGGCACUGGACUUUCUGCCCGGACAUUGCCAACGAUAUGUACUGCCCUCGGGGGUCGCUGAUAUAUCUUCUCUGCCCACUCUUCCUCCACUAACAGACCUGACGGAGCUUCUCCGGGCCGCUCAUACGGCCGCGGAAAGUUAUGUCGUGCAAAACAUGGGCACGUAUUAUCCCGAGUACGAGGUGUCCGAACUCCUCAACUGUCGGCCCGGGUCACUAUCGGGGGUGCCCAUUAUCAACUGGUCCUGCCCAACCUCCCUCCCCGUCCACUACCAACCCAUCGAUGCAUCCACUCAGAUCCUGCGUCCGGAUCGAACGUAUUGGCUCGUUGGCUUGACUGGCGACCUCGGCCAGUCGCUGUGCAGCUGGAUGAUUGAACAUGGCGCCAGAACAAUCAUUUUGACGAGCCGACACCCGCAAAUGCCACCAGACUGGGUCGAAAGACAACACCAAACUCACGGAGCCAACAUUAUUUCCAUAGCUGGAGAUAUCACCUCCCGACCCAGCCUCCAUGCAAUUCACGAAACAAUCACGAAAGCCUACCCCCCGUUGGACGGCAUCGCCAACGGCGCAAUGCUCAUGCGUGAGAAAUUCUUUGCCCAAACCACUGCAGCCGAGCUCUACGAAGUCCUGCGACCCAAGGUCCAAGGUUUGCGCCAUCUAGACGAUCUGAUCGGCGACCUACCCCUCCAAUUCUUCAUCGCUUUCUCUUCUAUCCUCGCCACUCUGGGCAAUCUAGGCCAGAGCGCCUACACCGCGGCCAACGUUGCGUCGGAGGCCCUGAUCACGCAGCGGCGGCGACGCCAUGUGGCGGGCUCCGUGAUCCAGAUUUCCCGUAUGACGGACGUAGGGUACGUGAAGCGACAGCGGGAGCAGUACUCGGCGCAGGAGAUGGCGCGGCUGGAGGCGUACUGCCUGCCGAUGGGGGAGCGGGAGUUGCAUGCGUUGUUUGCGGAGGGAAUUCGAGCAGGGCGACCUUUACCUGUAUCCUCAUCUGAUGCAGCCCAGGGGUCGGUGAUCACGGCAGGGAUACCACAGGUCGAUAUGACAAAUCCAGAGAAUGCAGUGAGGCGAGGCGUGACAUGGGCAACUAACGUCCGCUUCUCGCACUACUGGCAACAUCAAAAUCCCUUGCGCCGUAAAUAUGGUGACCUCCAGGCUGGGAGGGACGGGGAGAAGAAUGCGGCUUCGACCCGAGCGCGGUUGGCACAGUCGAAAUCGAGGGAGGAAACUCGGACGAUUAUUUUUGACGGUAUCGUCUCCAAAGUGCGUUCUAGUCUCCAUCUCCCUGCCGAUCAGCCUGUCCUGGAACCCACGGCACUGGUAGAUCUGGGAUUGGACUCGUUGAUCGCGGUGGACAUCCGGACGUGGACCAUGAAGGAGUUGGGGGUGGACGUGCCCGUGUUGAAGCUGUUGGCGGGGAUCACCGUGGAAGAGAUUGUCCGCGAGGCAAUGUCGGAGUUGGGCGAUGUCACUCACGCAAAUUAA